GAACUUCUUAGUAAAACCGCGCCUUUAUUUCUUAAAAUCAGUAAUUUAUAUAUUAAUUACAGUAGAAUUUGGAAUCCCGCAAUGUUAUUCAAACUGUCGCAUGUGAACUCAAAGUCGAUAUUUCUAUAACAGAGUAGCUUGAUAAGAUGGCAGCACAUGAAAACAAAGGGUUCAGCCAGGACGAUGAGGACAACAUAGCAUCAAGUAAUCAUGAAACAGAAGAAUCAAGGCAAGACCACGAAACCAUUGAUUGGGAUAUUUUCCAAGAAAACAGGAGCGCAGCUAAAUAUGUGAAGUCUGAAGAAUUCUGGAAAACCUCUGAAAAGAUCUUGACAGUGAUUUUUGUUGGAUUUCUUUUCCUUGUCGUUUUUAGUACAGCUAUACUAUCGCGUAUAACAAUACAUAUCCUUGUGUGGCACAUUAAGCCACCCGAACUGCCACAAAACAAUGAUACAAAUGCCACGUUCCAAACUAAACAGUCUCUCUUUCAUGUUGUGGAUGAGACUUGGAUAUGGGCAUUGUUUAUUACAAUAGUGGCCCCGUAUGUCCUUACUAUAUGUUCAUCUCUAAAAACAAUGUGUUUAAAAAACACUCGCAUGAUCCACUUUAAAAGUUUGUUUGUUAUAUUGAUUUUAGAGAGUUUUCACAGUAUCGGUUUGAUGUGCAUGGUGUUUAUAGUUUUACCGACCUUCAAUGCCCCAGCCGCAUCUGUGGUGUAUUUGGCAGUAUUAGUUAUAUUACCAUUAAUCGAAUUAGUAAGUAGGUGUACAAUAAGUGGAUCAGUCAAUAGUGAUAGAAAAGGCGAUACA